UCAAAUCCUUUCCAAUGGAGGGUUUAGCUUCCUUCAACUCCCUCUCUUCUUUCACCUGCCGACCCAAACGCGUCUCCGUCUCCGCCACCGGACCCACCUCCCUCUCUCUUCCUUCCUCCUCCUCCUCCUCCGCCCACCUGGUUACAAUGUCGGGCGAAUCGGAGCCGGUGAAGGAUGAGCUGAAAACCAAGGAGUGGGAGGUGGGCAUGUUCCACAACGAAGUGGCUGCGGCGCAGGGUAUCAAAAUCAGGAGGCGGCCGCCGACUGGGCCGCCCAAGCACUAUGUUGGGCCUUUCGAGUUUCGAUUGGAGAAUGAGGGCAACACUCCCAGGAAUAUCUUGGAGGAGAUCAUAUGGCACAAGGACCAGGAAGUCUAUAGGUGGAGAGAGAAGAAGCCGUUGCAUAGGUUAUUGAAAGACCUGGAGAAGGCUCCUCCUGUUAGGGAUUUCGUUGGAGCGCUUAGGGCGGCCAAUGAAAGAACCGGACUGCCUGGGUUGAUAGCUGAAGUGAAGAAGGCUUCUCCCAGUAGAGGAGUUUUGAGAGAGCAUUUUGAUCCGGUUGAAAUUGCCAAAGCUUAUGAAAGUGGAGGAGCUGCUUGUCUCAGCGUUUUGGCAGAUGAAAAAUACUUUCAGGGAAGUUUUGAAAACAUGGUAGCAAUAAGAAAAGCUGGAGUCCAGUGUCCGCUGUUGUGCAAAGAAUUUAUCGUUGAUGCUUGGCAACUCUAUUACGCUCGAUCCAAAGGUGCAGAUGCUAUUCUUCUGAUUGCUGCUGUUUUGCCCGACCUCGAUAUUGGUUACAUGAUAAAGAUAUGCAAGAAGCUUAAGAUGGCUACCCUUGUUGAGGUGCAUGACGAGAAAGAAAUGGACCGUGUUCUUGGAAUCGAGGGAGUUGAAUUUAUUGGCAUUAACAACCGAAACCUUGAAACAUUUGAGGUUGAUACUUCUAACACAAAGAAGCUUCUGGAAGGAAAACGUGGUGAAAUGAUCCGUGAGAGAGAUAUAAUUGUGGUGGGAGAAUCUGGACUAUUCACUCCUGAUGACAUUGCCUAUGUGCAAGAAGCUGGUGUUAAAGCAGUCUUGGUUGGAGAGUCCAUUGUCAAACAGAGUGACCCCAAGAAAGGAAUAGCUCAACUCUAUGGUAGAGAUAUUUCUGUAUGAGAUAUGAGUGAGUCAGUUCAGGGAGAUACACAGCCUUCUUACUUCUUAAAAGACUUCAAAGCCUCUAUGACUAAAGUUUGACCUGCAAACUAGUUAAACUGCAGAAUGCUCGUGUAACUUUGUCUUGUCCUCAAUGAAGAGAUAAUUGGAUAAUUUGUUUUCGUAUAAUGGCUAUGAGUUGCAACACUUGUUACU